AGGGUGCUUUCUACACGACGAAAACAGAGCUAAAAAUUCUAAAUCGCUUCUCGCCCUUGAGGGGCCAGUAAAAAACGUGCGCCAAGGAGAGAGAGAGAGAGAGAGAAGGGGAAGCGGCAUCGGCGAAUCUCCGGUUACCUGUAGCUGUUGAAACGAUCAGUCACGGACUCCGGUCUCGAUAUACCUCCGGUGACGUGAUUUCUCCGGAAAACUUCCAAAAAGGUGAAAACCCUAGAGUUUGUAACGUGCCGCUCAACGUCUAGCAUCCUUUACAUAAUAGUAGGGGAUCGGAGAAGCAUAGGGCUGAAACUUCUCACUGUCCUCUGUUCAAAAUUAGUUGGUUUCCGGCACAUCGUGGUAAGUUCUGUAAUCUGCGGACGGAGGGGAAGCUCAAUCAACCACCCGUGAACGUCGACGGCUCGUGAGUCUACAUCAACUUGAUUUGAUUUCUCUGUGAUAUUCUUCAACCUAGAGCAUUUUGAGUUAGAUAAAUAUCAUUUAUGGCAACAGCAGAGCCAGCUUCAGUUUCCCUUGGGCCUCGUUAUGCUCCAGAGGACCCUACUCUUCCUAAACCUUGGAUGGGACUGAUUGAUGGAAGUACUGGACUUUUAUACUAUUGGAACCCUGAAACCAAUGUUACACAGUAUGAAAAGCCAGCCUCUUUGCCUCCACCUUUGCCUCCUGGUCCACCUCCUACUUCUACACCAAAGUUGGCUCAGAUACCAAUGGCUCAUUCAGUACAACCAAGUGGGUUGGUGGCUCAAACUACAUUACAGCAGGGGCAACAGAGCAGUCAAUUACCUCAACAGGCUCAAGCAACACAACAGCAGGGGCAACAGAGCAGCCCGUUGCCUCAGCAGCAUGGACAACUAAUGCCACAGCAGCAGGUUCUCCCUGUGGCACAAGUUUCUAAUCAACAGGUUGCGCAGCAAGGUUCACAACUGGGGCAGGGUGUGCAACAGCCUGUGCACUUGAGAACCCAAAUGAUGCAGCAUCCAGGUCAGCAGAUGUUAUCUAACAUGGGGCAGCAAAUUUCUCAGCAGGGAGUUCAGCAGCAGCAAGCCAUUCAACAGAGUUCUCAUCAAGUAGGACAGCACAUGUUGCAGCAUCAAAACUUGCAAAUGCAACAACCACAAGGUCAGCAAUAUGCAUAUCAGCAUUAUAUGAGAUAUCAGCAAAACAUGCCUCCACAGAACCAACAUGGCUUACCGCAGCAGUUUGCUAAUCAACCUGAUUAUAUAGCAGCAUUCCCUAAAAGGGAAGAAGUUGAUUUUCAACAGGGAAAUCAAACAGGUUUUUCUCCAUCUCAUUUUCAGCAGACUGCUACACCAUCUUCUCAAAACCUGUAUGCUGGAGGUGAUUCAGUUUUAACACCCCAGGCAGUUGCUCAUGUGGGUCAACCUCAACAGUUCAGUGGCUCUGCUGUUAAUAUGCAACAGUCUAGCUCCGUGGCUCAGUUGCAGCAAAGUGGGGCUGAUUUAGUUCAUCAGCAGCAUGGUCCUCCAUUUCAAAAUCAUUUCAGUCCAUCAAUGAUGCAUAAUCAGCAGUCUAAUGUUCCUCCUGUUGGAUUAACAGUCGGUUCUGAGAUGAAUAUACAUGGUAGGGCUGGCAGUGAUUACUAUUUCAAUCCUAAAGUGGAAGGGCCCAUAGUUAGUCCUGGUCAGCCUAACCUUGCAGCCAUGCCGAAGGGAAUAAAUCAACAGGAGUCGAGGAUGGGUGGUGUAACAUUUCAGAAUGUUACAACUGGUUAUGCUGGUGGAUUUAAUGCAGCUGGGCAUACCAUGCAUAAUAUGUAUAAUCAUGCAAUUGGCGGUGGUCCAUUUCCAAACAAUGCUUUGAUUAGGCCCCCUUUUGUUGGAACUUCAGAUGUCACUAACCUCUCACCUGCAGAGGUUUAUCGACGGGAGCAUGAAGUCACAGCUACGGGUGACAAUGUUCCUGCUCCAUUCAUCACAUUUGAAGCCACUGGUUUUCCUCCUGAGAUAUUAAGAGAUAUCCAUGCCGCUGGGUUCUUAUCUCCUACUCCUAUCCAGGCACAAACUUGGCCAAUUGCACUACAAAAUCGGGAUACUGUGGCAAUUGCCAAAACUGGUUCUGGUAAAACAUUGGGCUACCUGAUCCCUGCCUUCAUUCUUCUUAGACAAUGCCAUAAUAAUCCUCAGAAUGGUCCUACUGUACUGGUUUUAGCUCCAACAAGGGAGCUUGCCACACAAAUACAAGACGAGGUGAUAAAAUUUGGCCGAUCAUCAAGGGUCUCUUGCACGUGCUUGUAUGGUGGAGCUCCCAAGGGCCCUCAACUAAAAGAGCUUGAUCGAGGUGCAGAUAUUGUUGUAGCCACUCCUGGUCGACUCAAUGAUAUCCUUGAAAUGAAGAAGAUCAACUUUGGGCAAGUUUCACUUCUUGUGCUUGAUGAGGCUGAUCGAAUGCUUGAUAUGGGUUUUGAACCUCAAAUUCGUAAAAUUGUGAAUGAGAUACCUCCUCGGAGACAGACGCUUAUGUACACUGCAACCUGGCCAAAAGAAGUAAGAAAAAUAGCGAGUGAUCUUCUUGUUAAUCCUGUUCAGGUGAACAUUGGCAGUGUUGAUGAACUUGCCGCAAACAAGUCCAUCACACAGUAUGUUGAAGUGGUCCCACAAAUGGAGAAGGAGAGACGCUUGGAGCAGAUCCUUAGGGCACAAGAGAGAGGUUCAAAGGUUAUUAUUUUCUGUUCCACUAAGAGAUUAUGUGACCAGCUUGCACGUAGUAUUGGGCGCAACUUUGGGGCUGCAGUGAUUCAUGGAGACAAGUCACAAGGGGAAAGAGAUUGGGUUUUAAAUCAGUUCAGGAAUGGAAAGUCACCAAUUUUAGUUGCUACUGAUGUUGCUGCCCGAGGUCUUGAUAUCAAAGAUAUAAGGGUAGUGAUAAACUAUGAUUUUCCUACUGGAAUUGAGGAUUAUGUCCACCGAAUUGGUAGAACUGGAAGGGCUGGUGCAACUGGUGUGUCUUACACCUUUUUCUCUGAGCAGGAUUGGAAAUAUGCAGCCGAUUUGGUUAAAGUUCUGGAGGGAGCUAACCAGCAUGUUCCCCCAGAGGUGCGAGAGAUGGCUUUGCGUGGUGGGCCUAGUGUUGGCAAGGAUCGAGGUGGGAUGAACCGUUUUGAUUCAAAUAGUGGUAAUGGUGCUGGUAGGCGUUGGGAUUCUGGGGGCCGUGGUGGGAUGAGGGAUGGUGGCUUUGGUGGCCGUGGUGGAAUGAGGGAUGGUGGUUUUGGUGGUCGUGGUGGAAUGAGGGAUGGCAACUUUGGUGGACGUGGUGGGAUGAGGGAUGGAGGCUUUGGUUUCCGUGGGGGUGUUAGGGAUGGCCCUUUUGGUGGAUAUGGUGGGAGAAAUGACUCGUUUUCUGGGCGUGGAAAUAGAGGACGUGGAUACAGUGGUCAUGCUGGUUGGGGUAGGAAUGAACGUGGCCUACAUGAUCGCCACAACAAUAUGGAUGGUCGAGGACGUGGUCGUGGACGGGGAAGAUUUGAUGGUAGAAGAGAGAUUGUUGAUAGGGUUAGGGAUAGAAGUUAUAGUCGUAGCCCUGAGAGGGUUCGAACGUGGGGUUAUAGCCGCAGUCGAAGUAGAAGUAAGAGCUGGAGCCGGAGCCGGAGCCGGAGCUGCAGUAGGAGUCGGAGUUGGUCCCGAGACCGUAGUCGCAGUUACAGCCGCAGUCCUCGACAUAGCCGCAGCUACAGCCGUAGCCCUCGACGUACUCGCAGCUGUAGCCGCAGUCGCAGUCAAAGCUAUGACAGAUUGGAGAGGCCACAUGAAAGCAAUUUUGACAAGAAGGAUGUUACAGCUCCAGAAUUUGAAGCUCCCAAAUCAGGGAUGUCUCCUAUGUCCCCAGGUACGCAUGGUAAUGCAUUUUCAGGAGUGGAGGGGCUACCGGCGGGUGAGAGUGCGGUGCCUGAGCUGGUGAAUCCAGAGGCUGCAGAAGGGCAAGUUCCUGAAGCAUGAGCAUCUUUCUGGGUAUUUUAGCAUGGUUUUCAGUUUUUGUUAAUCAAAUACUGUGUUGCUGGGGAUUUAUGUUGGUUGAUAGUAGUGAUAGUGAAGGAAAUUUGGCUACCAGAGUGAAUUUUAUAUCCUAUUUUGCCAGUCAAGCUCAGCUUUAGUUCUGCAACGUUUUGAUUAGGGUUAGCUUCGUCCCUAUUGUUUUAAUCCAGGGAGAACAACUUUGGUGAUGAUUAUGUUCCUGUUGGGAUAGACAGGCACAAGGUCAAUGAAUUAUUUAGUUAUUUAUAUGACGUUAAAAUUUUCAUUUGAAUU